AUGACUGAAAGAAUAUGGGAAGACACGUAUGAUUUGGCCUAUAGAAUGUAUGAAAAGUCUAUAGGAAUUCAUCGAUCAGACAUGGAUGUAUUUGAUCGAGCAGUGGCAGAUAAAAGCGCGAGGCUUAUUAAAUUUGAUGAAUUUACAGGUAAAUAAUUAAUAAAAUCUUUCUUGAAUACCAAAUAUUUGUUCAGAAAUCUACGAACUUCGAGUUAGGGAAGCCAGCAUAAAUCAACCAAUUGAACCUUUGGUUAGAGGAAUAGCACAAUGUGAUGUCGAAGAAAUGAAACGGCGUCAGCAAUUUGCAAAUGCAAACUACCCGAAAGUUCUCAAUAUCAAAUUACUUCACGCUUUGCCGCCAAAUGGUUUUAUUGCAUUCAACUGUCAACAUAAAACUACGAUUGUUCUCGAAAAUACCCUUGAGUAAGUUUUUCUGAUAACUGUUAUCAAUUAUAAAUUGAAAACUUCAGGUAUCUUGCCGAUUCGCUCAAACCAGCUUUGAUUGGUGAUUUAUUUCCCGGAGCAAUAUUACUUCGAAAGAAAAAUGAUAGAAUCUUUCGCAUUAUGAUAUUGGGACAAAAUGAGGAUAAUAAAUAUAAUAUUAUUUUUAUUGAUAAUGGAGUUGUUGGAAAAAGUCCAAUUGAGAACUUAUUUAUGAUGAAGCCAGGAGUUGAUUUAUCAAAGUUUCCGUGUGCUUUGAUUUUCGCAAGAAUUCGAGGUUUUCCGUGGCUCACAAAAUCCGCGUUCGAAGAAUUCCAACAAUAUAUGAAUAAUUGGCACCAAAAGGAACAAAUCAAAGCGGUUAUUUUCAAAAAAGACGAACAAGAUAAUAAUUUUGUUAUUGAUUUCAAAGGAUUUUCUUAUCGCAAAAUGACGAUUAGCGAGCAAAUAUCGCCCAAAAUGAACGAAAACAAAGAUGAUCCGAAGAUGAUUAAAUUGGAUAUUAUGGAAAAUAUGGAACUCUCGUCUAUUUCGGAUACCCAAAUGAAAAGAUAUUCCGAUUCGCCGAAACCUGUAAGAAAACUUCGUCUUCCACCAAAAUCUGCAGAUAUGUUGUAA